GCGAUUCUAACCCACAUCUUCCCGAUCUCCUGACUGUGUGGCCAACAUGCUAAUCAUCAGGCCCCAUUGAUAAUUCAUUUGAACCAAUACACAUAAUUUGGUAAGAAAUUAAUUUAACACCACAAAAACAUCUGAGGAGCCACUUGGGAGCCGAAAGAGCAGGCUCUUUUUAGUGAGACGAGCCAAAAGAACCGGCUCUGUAAAAGGAGCCGACGUUUCCAUCACUAUUGUGAAGUACUGUACCGUACUUUCGUAUGACCUGCAGAUCUAUCUCUCACCUUUAGAGGUCGCUACCACCCAAGUAAGCAAUUAACUUUGACAAGCGAGGAAAUCUCAAUUUCUGCCGCUGCUGAGGUGAGAGAGAGGAGGAUCAAGGCUCAGUGCGUGGCAGUUACUCCUCCUUUUAAAUAGCACUCCCGCCGACAAAACAUGUAUUUUUUACACCGUCACCAUGUCAAUUAAUGUUAUUUGUUAGGAAAAAAAAUGAAGCAGAGGCCGGUGGUGGUGUGUUUGAUUCACUGAAGCGGAUUGUCAGGUUUCUUCCGAGCUUGAGCUUGCGCGCCUCAGGCAGGUGCAGCAGGGAUGGAGUUGAGCAGAAGGAAAGUGCCUCUCUAUGGCCAGGCAAAGGUUUUUGCGUUGCUGGAGGGGCUGGAUUCAAUGCUGGAAGAUGCUGAAGUCUACAUUGUUCUGGAAGGUUCCACACUGGUGCAUGUCACCAGGGCUCAGCGUGACGUCAUGCUUUCCUUCAUAGUGCCUGGACAUAACCUUGCUGAGGUGGUCUCCGUGCAAGCCUACCUCUGUUCCGAAUCCACGCCUCUCACCUGGGUGGGUGGAGCAAUGUUGGAGUAUAUUCAAGAUGAUGCUCAGGACCUGGCAGAGUACCUGGUAACGCAUAGUUUGAGCUCCAUGGAUCACAAAGAGCUAAGCAGCCUCUUCAACCUGGGACAGCAGAGUUCCCGCUGGGUUAUGGAUCAACGUGUAGCCCUUGCCAUUGCCAACCUGGAUAUUCCUCCAAACUGGAAUAUUCUGGGGAGCCCCAGUAGAGAUGAUCACAGCCCUAAAGAAUCUCUACUCCACCUGGCCGUGCGGUGGGGUCUGUGUCGGCUGGCCGAGCUGCUGCUUUGUCAGCCAGGGGGUCUGAUGGCUAUCCGUCUUCCAAACAAGGAGGGAGUCACGCCACUGCAGCUGGCACACUCAUCAGGCAACAGGGAACUCCUGGAGCUCCUCAUGCACCCGCCCAACCCUCUAGCCACACCUCCCGCAGGACUAUCUCAGGUGUGGGCAGACCGCUCCCGCUUGCUGAGGUACUGUCAUGAUACGGGCAAUCUGACACUGACCGUCCGGCAAAACCUGAAGUGGAGCUCAGAGGAGAGCCGCCAUGCUGAUAUCCUGUUGCUCAGAAAUAGACUUAGAGAUGCCGACUUCCUCAGAGAGGUUAAAUCACUAAGAAGAGAACACACUGAAGCCAUUUUUGGCAAAGAACAAUUGGUGGAUGAUCCUGCAGAAAAUGGACUUUUUUCUGGUAUCAGUGGAGGUAGUUCAGCUGCAGAUAAUAACGACUACGAGGAACCACUGAUGUUUUGCCUGAAUCCGGAGUGUCAAGAUCAUGAGCUGUCGCAGUCUGACUGUGAGAAAAGCCAGUCCAUUGGAGAGAGCCAGGCCUCAUCCCCCACUCUAGCUGCUGCUGCCAGAUUGUCAGCGAUGAUCCAUGGCAAAGAUAGAGUGUAUGCCAAUGCCAUGCUAGUAGACCAGGUGGAUGACGUCGACAUAAAAUACCACUCCCGCCCAGCACCUACUGUUGGCAGCCCCUGCUGGGACACUUUCUCCAUGUCGCCUGCUGACACUCGGCCCUAUCCCAAAAAUCAGCGCCCACCCUCACCCCGCAACGGCAAGAGGAUUAUUCAAAACCCAGGCAUGGAGAAUUCCAAGGAGCCACCCCCUUGGGUCCCUCCACCUUCUCCCUUUGCUUCCUCCCCAUCUUUCCCGUCCUCCCCCCUGGCUUCCGCCUUCCGUUUGUUUGAAGGAGGACAGAAGCGACAGACGCCCCCCGGCCUUUCAGUUUCGCCUAACUUGAAUCACGCAGGAUGCAACUUGCCAGUGGUGAACCGCGGACUGAGCCCUAGUCUUGAGUGUGACAGUGGAGAAGAGGACAUACUGGCACAUUCCUACCCCUGCUCAGAUUUGAAGCUUCAGUCCAGCUCUCCAGAGUUUAACCACUCCCACUCUGACAGCACGCACAAACACACAAAGAACCCAGAAGAAGCUGAUGUCCGCCUGCGCUCGUACUCCUACUCCUCCCCCAAGGCGAGGCCAUCACGCCCCUUGCUAAACAGAGACGCAACCAUUACUGAUCUGGCAGAAGAGCAGAGCGUGCUGAGCCUGACAGAGACUUCCAAAGAAAAGAGGGAUUUGGGUUUCCGUAAGCGGGCCCAGUCAGCAGAGGAGGAGAGCAGCGCAUCACUCCAACACCUCACCCUCACAGAGUUCCUUAAAGAGAUUGAAGAUGAGGAGUGGGACAAAUACAUAAUCCCGUCCAAGGUCGAGCCAGAAAAGUACAAAGUGAGCCGGACCUUUAGUUUCCUCAAGAACAGGAUGUCGAGCACUCGCAACAAAACAAAGGUGAAAGGGAAAGAGGUGAAGGAUGGAAAGGAGAAGACUGGAGCAGCCAAUGGACACCAGUUUGUUCCUCCAUCUCCAUCGGGUCCUGUUGUCUGUGUGGCCUGUGAUAAAUCUGUUUCUGGGAAGGAGCUGCUGCAGUGCUCCAACUGUUUCCUGAACGUCCACAAGAACUGCCGGGAGUCUGUUGCCCCAUGCGGAAAGAAGCUGCAGGAGAGGAAUGCAUUGCUGAUGAAAACCAAGACCAUGUCUCUCCCACAGACCUGUGUGAAAGAUACCUUUUCUUCCUCUUCCCUGGCCUCCUCAUCAGUUUCGUCAUCUUCCUCACUUAUGACGACAACCAAAGACAAGAGAGAAACACUCACCCCUCUGUCAAAAAGCCUCUCCGUCUCUAUCGAGAGCAGACGCCUGAGUGACACAGCAGGGGUGGAGGUUGAUGCCAUUGCAACGUCUUACACUAACAGCUCUCUGUCUGAUGAGGGAACUCCAAUUACGGUGACUCCUCCUUCAGCCGACCCACCAAUCACCUCACAAGAUGCUAUAGAUGCUCCACUACUGAGUGAUUUGUCAGCUGACCUGCUGGGACUGGACACAGAGUCGUGGAGUCUCACAGUCAGCCCAGACUUCUGCCGGCAGCACGACAGGCGCACCAUCAAGAGGCAGGAUGUAAUUUAUGAACUAAUGCAGACAGAGCUGCACCACAUUCAAACACUGACAGUCAUGUCUGAAGUAUUCCGAAGAGGCAUGCUAGAGGAGCUGCAGCUAGAUUGGGAUUGUGUGGCCCGGAUCUUCCCAUGCUUGGAUUCCCUGUUGCUCUUCCACAGGAACCUAUUUGGAUCUUUGCAGGAGCGCAGGCAGGCUUCCGCCCGACCUGAGAAUCAAAGAAAUUACCUCAUACACCAGAUUGGAGACAUCUUGCUUCAGCAGUUCUCAGAUGAAAAUGCAGAGAAGAUGAAGCAAUUAUACGGCGAAUUCUGCAGUCACCACAUGGAAGCUGUCAGUGUCUUUAAAGAGCUUCAGCAGCAGAAUAAGAAACUCCAGACCUUUGUCAAACAACAGAGCAAUAACUCACUUGUCAGGCGAAGAGGGAUUCCAGAAUUCAUCCUUUUAGUCACCCAGCGCAUCACCAAGUAUCCAGUGUUAUUGGAAAGGAUAUUACAUUACACACAAGACGGAAGUCAAGAACACGCUGACUUGUCAAGUGCUCUGGCUCAGAUCCGUGACAUCAUUGCAGCAGUGGACCUGACAGUAAGCAAGUACGAGAGGUCUCAGGAGCUGCAGGAAGUGCUUGCCCGGCUGGAGAAUAAGAGCUUUGCCAAACUAAAGAAUAGCAAGGUGAUCCGCAAGCAGGACCUGCACAGCAAACACAGAGAGCUACAGCAUAAGGGGCUGCUUUACUGGAAGACCGCCACGGGGCGCCUAAAAGAUACACUAACCCUCCUGCUCACAGAUGUUCUGGUUUUCCUGCAAGAAAAAGAUCAACGCUUUGUAUUUGCAGCCGUGGACCAGAAGCCUCCAGUGAUCCCGCUGCAGAAGCUCAUUGUUCGAGAAGUAGCCAAUGAGGAGCGAGGGAUGUUCCUAAUCUCUGCUUCUUCAGCUGGACCGGAGAUGUAUGAAGUUCACGCCACCACCAGAGAGGAGAGAAAUGCUUGGAUGAGACACAUACGACAAGCUGUAGAGAGUUGUCCAGAGGAAGAGGAGGAGGAGGAGCGGAGUGCCGAAUUAGACGAGGCCAAGCGAGCAGCGGAAGCAAAGGUCCAGAAAAUCUCAAAGUUCCAAGAGACAUUGUUAGGUCAGGACCAACGCAUCUGCAACAGCUUGGAGGAGAAGUUACAGUUAUAUGCUGAGCUCACAGAGUUAAGCCUGCGGUCUCCUGAAGCCAUACCACAUCGCCAUCUGCUGGUACAACCAGACAUUGACAGUGAUUCUCCAAGACAGGCCUCAACACUGCUCACAGCUGCACUCAGAGAAGCGGAGAACCUGAUAACCUUACUGCAGGCUCAUGAUGGCCUUCCUUUACAAAGUGGGGACUCUCCGACCUGUGGGCAAGAGGACUACAAUAGUCACAGCAGCAGCAUUCAAGAGUCUCCCUCUGAACCGGAUUACCUGAGCACACUGAGUAUGAGCUCCACCUCUCUGGGAUCAGACGGUGAGGGGACAGAUGGCGUGUUGUGGAGCUCUGGUGCUGAGCCAAAGAAAGGAGACACAAAAGAAACACUGUUCAAGGUAGCAGAGAGUGUCCAGAGUCUGACGCAGCUUCUUUAUAGUCUGCAGGCGGCUGUGACCCUUCAAGACAGCUGUCUCGAGAUCCAGAAAAUUCUCCUUCAGGAGGCAGACAAGUCUCAGCUCAAGACCCUGCCCUCCCUCCAAAACAGCCUGGAUCAGGAGAGGCAGAAGGGCACUGAUAAGAAGAAAGAGGAAGUUGAGAAGAAGAGUUUAGAGAGGAAGAAGGAAGAGGUGGAUGACGUGCAGAAACUCCACGUGAAGCUGAAGCACGAACAGCAGCGCUGGGACAAAGAGUGUCUGGCCAGAGAGAAACAACAGAGUCAACAGGAGAGCGCACUGGAGCAGCGUGAGCAGCGCUGCAUCCUGGAGGCAGAGAGGCUGCGCUAUGAGAGAGAGGAGCUGGAAGCUCAGCUGCUGGAGUAUCACAACAAUCUGGACAGAUUGCGGGAGGGCCAGAAAAGUGUGGACAGAGAGAAGGAGAACAUUGAAGCACAGCAGAGGUUCCUCCAGAGCUGGAGACACAACCGGCAAAGCAGCCUGCCUGUUACCAUACCACUGGAUGGAUACAAGGUGUCAAGUCACAGUCGCUCAGGCAGCCUGGACGCCAACUGUUGGACACAUGAAGAUGAUGCAGCUCUGCUCGCCUCCCUCCAAAAGAACCAGCCUGCCCACAACAACAACAACAACCCGCACCAGUAUCUGCUCUCUCCCCUGAGGAACCAUGACGUCCCCAGGCACAGCUCCAGCUACGGGACAGACCUCAGCCUCAGUGCCAGCCUCUACAAUAGCCUCAAUGCCCUGCUGAGCCAAGCACAUAGGAAACAACCACAGGAUGGUCUUACAUACCCAAACUACUCGAAGAACAACGGUUGUAACCGGGCUCCAAAUGACUCUGUUGAUCCCUUCAGCAGCAGAGUCACAGCACAGCCACAGACAACCAGCACACACCUCAGUCCACAGUUGGACCACCAUUCCCUGGGGGCCUGGAGGCCAAAGGUCACAAGUCAAGAACUUUACGAAAACAAUUACUCCUCCUCCUCUCCCUCCCUUACCCCGCUCCUGCCCCCACAGUCCUACCUCUCUCUCAAAGGACAUCUCAGGGAGGAUGGAAGCGAGGAGAACAUUGUUUACCUCUAAGGACCACGCUUUUUGACAUAUAACUGGACUGGUUGCUUAUAUUUGUUUGUCCUGGAUAUAAAUGCAAAACUGUGGCUAAUCAUAUGAGGGAAUGUACAAAUGUACUGUAUAUGUGCCUUUAUUGGAGUUUGUGGCAACCUCCUUGUUGUGCCUUUUCUUUCAAAACAGAGCUUUAGUACUACCUGUAAUUGUUUGUGUGUAAAUGACUUCUGUCAGGCUUGUUGGAUGUUUGGGGCACCCGCAGCAUGUGCUCCAAAUAGGUGGCUAGAAAAUGCCAAGAGAUAAAUACUGGUGUUAUUUCCCAUUCGCACUUACUACAAUAUGUAUAAACAGUAUCAGUCAGAUGUUUGGAAACACUUUCUCUUUCAAUAGGAUGCAGAAGUGUCUCCAAACUUUUGAUUGGUGCUAGAAGUAGAGAAAAUGUAUGGGGAACGUCAAAGUGGCCCUUCCCCAAGCUAUGUACAGCAUUAUUUGUUCUCCUAAAGAGUGUCAUCAUAUUGCCAUGUGAUCUCAAGUCAUAUUUAUUGAUAAUGCAAGCAAAAGCAACUAUAGCUGACGUGUGCAUGUAAGUAUUGUGUGUAUAGUUUAUUGAAAGGGCUACCUACGCACAUGCUGUUGAAAGAGGUUCUUUCCUUUCUCAAUGAAGUGCCAAAAUGUUCCUCUCUAUCUCCUUUGAAUUUGGUAAUUUAUAACUGUAUGUGUAAAUGGAUUCAUGCACUGUGCACAAGGUUUGGUUUCCUCCCUUGUAAAAAGUGUAACAGGUAAACAUUGGGCUGCUUAUAAAGGUGGUUGUGUGCAAAAAACAAAGUUCACAACAAACGAGAUUGUGGGUUGCUGUAUUACUUGUGUUGCACUCUGGUUUGGUGAUGUUCAUUUUCAGCCUGCUUGUUGUCUCUUACAGUGUGGGGUACACUGUUACAUAUUUUGUAUUGUUCUGUCUUGCUGCUUUGCAUAACUUGUGUGCCUCUUUGUCAUCCUGUCAGGCAGAGCAGCAGUUACCUGAAGACCGUGUGAAAUCCAAAUAAGGCAAAUUGAAGACCAUUAGAUUAUUUUCAAUGUGAGAAUUGAAGCGUCUGUUGCCCGUAUGUAAUGUGUAAAUGAAUCUUGACCUGUUGCCCCCUGUGUUUAUAAUUAAUAAUCUUCAUCUUCAUUUCUGUGGUAUUG